CCAAAACUACAAACUCUGGCAUGACUCCAAACAACAUUCACACAGAUAAUGUUUUCCCAGUUGCUGAUUACCAUGUCUUUAUCACCACACAAUCCCUUCCUGUCAACUUGCAGUGGUAGAAAAUAGCUUUAACAUUUAUUUCCUGCCUACACACAUGACACAUUCUGGUUGCAAUGUAAAAGGUGUGACUAAUAAAAAAAGACCUCAGUUUUGACUAUUUCUGUAAACGUAAGUGCAUGAGUGUUAAUGUAGGUUGCUGUGGUGUUCCUUUGAACCACAUGCCUCAGGUGCAAUGUACAUGUCAGGGACCAGAAUCUUAUUUUGUAACUGUCUCCAAAAUGGUUUUAUGAAAUCAUUAAAAUAAUAAAAGGAAAACUGCAAAUUCCUGCUCUUAGGAGAAAGGAUUCCAGUGUUCAAAGCCUGCUGCAUGGAGUCAGUAAUGGUACUUUUAAGUGCAUUUUGUAUUGUAAACAAGAGUUAUUAAUCUGGUAUAUCAUUUCAUAUGCUAUGACUUUUAUUCUCUAUAUUUGGAUCAGAACAUUCCCGUUACAGUCCGUCUUUUUUAACAUAAAGGUCACAAAUUCUCAGAAACUGUCACAAAUGUAUGUCUUGAACUAUUGAAUCAUUCAUUUUCAAAGGCUAAUCAGAAGGGAGGAUGUUAGUUGAAUCACACUAAGCAGACACCACUUGCCUUUUCUCACUCAGUUAAGAGUGACUACUUCCUGCAUAGGUGGAGCAUUUUUCUGUAGUAAACAGCUGUAUCACACAGCCUCUGGCCACACAGACACACACCAGCACUUCAAACCAGAAUCAAAGAUCUGGAUUUAACAGGAUUUUCUUCCUGCUCUUUAAAGGGAAACAGCUAUACAUCUCGGGACUCAUGGCUCAAUUCAACACAAGUUGCAACUCUUUGCCAGAUGCUUCCUAUAAACCCACAGUUCGACGAAACGUGCACGCUGUAUCCUCUGUUCAAGCUAAAAUAGCUGCCUUCAAGGGAAAUUUGAAAACACAGACCCAGGAAUUAGAUGUGCCUUCGUCUCCCAAAGUGAACCAGCACAACAAAUUCUCUCUGGCACAGCAAAGUUUGAGUCACAGAAAUGAUGGGGUGGUAGACAUCAUCAGCACUAAACCUCCCAAAACGCAGAAACCCAACUACAUCAGAACAUGUGGAACCCAAAAUAACCUCCAAAGAGAGAGCACUGUUCCUGUGAAGAGGCUUCCUGCUGUGCUUGCUCUGGGAAGUCCUCCUCCGAAGCCUCUGAGGCCUCCUAGUGUAGACAUUCAUCGAUUCGGAAUAAAUCUAAAAUAUGCCAAUGACGGACUGGGGACGAAGAUACCACGUCCUGUUGCUCCUCCGCCUCUACCUCCACGUCUACAUCGGUGCCCAUCAUCCAGCCAUGCAGCUACUCUGAAUCAACAGGAUGAGAGCUAUGAAGAUGGCGGCAUCAUGAACCCUCCACCGCUCCCCCUUGCAGAUGACUAUGUGAAGAAUGAGUCUGUCAAUACAGGCCAUGAUGAUUUAAAAGAGGAGGAGGAGACCGGGACUAGGAUUUACCAGUCUGAAGCAGAGUCAGCCAUCUAUGAUGACAUCAGAGAACCAGCUGAGAGUUUUUCCGCUGCCACAACCAAACACAGAUGGAGGUGA